GAUCUGGAGGGAGAAAGAAAGCCGGCUGCCGAUUCGCGACUCUUGGUUCAUUUUACGCCGGGAAAUACGAAGCAGGAGAAAGGGGUAGAGCCGAGAACACCCCCCGCCCGCAAACUCCCCUGCAGAAAGGCAGGCUCCAGCCCACGCUCCUGCUGUUUUCAGUGCCUGCCUCCCCCGCUGUCAUGAGCAUCCAUAAAGGAGGGUCCCGCCUGCAGCAGCAACAGCCUGGCGAAUAGAGAGCUUACAAGACACCCGGAGUGGGAAAGGCAAGGAAUACGGGGCUGCAGUGUGGCGGCGGCGGCGGCAGCGAGAUCCGGUUUGCCAGCGGAGCUCCCCUCAUCGACUCCGGGAAAAUCCUACUCGGUUGAGGGCGCACGCCUCUCUGCGCGAAGGACAGAAGCGGGGGCGGCGGCGAAUCCUGGCAAAGAGAUUAGCCAGCUCGGCGCUGCUGAGGUGGUCAAGAGAAGAGAAGGCUAUAUAUACAAUUGCCACCCUUCCUACGCUUUCUGUUUCUUCGUUUAGCUCGGGGGUGAGACAGAGCAGGUCCAUCAGGGCCCCCUCGAAUUGCUCCCGUUGUGAGAAGCAAGCCCGCAAAACUCGGUUUAUUCUGCUCCUUAAUCCCUUUCCACGUCCAGUAAAAUUGUCUAAAGCUUCUUCUCCCCUUUCGUUCCCAGUUCUUGCCCCUUCUCCAACAUCGGGUAUAGCCAUGACUGUUUGACCACGAAUCUUCUCAUUACCUCCCUCCAGCACGCAAAGUGGGCACCCCUGAUCUCCCCUGAUUUGGCCUAGGCUGAGAAGGGCGCAUUGGAUCAACCCUCGUCCUGGGGCCCUGCUGCGCCCGUGGGUGCCCCCGCAGUGGCCGGUGGGAUGAAGCCUUUGGAGAAAUUUCUGAAGAAGCAGGGCUCUCACUUGGCCUCCCGGGCUGUUCCUGGUUCCGGGGGGCAGUUAUCUCGCAGGCAAAGCGUCUCCAAAAUCCUCCUGCCUGGAUUUCUUAAGGAGCCACCUGAAGAUCUGACGGAAGGAGGCACGGAAAACACGGGAGAUGGCCGCUGGCUGGAGCUGCGGCCCCCCGAUUCCUCUCUGCGUUCCCCAACAUCCUUCUCGUCGGAGGAGCUUUCCCCAGGAGGUGGCGGAGGAGGCGAAACCCAGCUCAGUCCUGAGUCGGUGCCUACUUGCUGCUGGGUCCCGUUGGCAGAACCGGAAAGCCCUGAUCGCUUAGUGGGGAGGGUGCUGGAGAGGCUGGGAGGGGACCCGACAGCCCCUCAUGGACAUGGCUGUGGAGCCGAUAUCCUCCUAGAUGAUAUUGUUCUUACCCACUCACUAUUUUUGCCCACGGAGCAGUUUCUACAUGAGCUGUACCAACACUUCAUGAUGGCAUCAGCAAUCCCAUCCCCACCAUGCUGGAAAGAAGAUGAGACUGUGCACCGGAAACGAGCAGUUUUGAUCAUUUUACUACACUUUCUUGAAACAUUCAAGGGGAUUUUGCAAGAAGAAGAGAAGGCUGGCAAAGUCAUCAAGGAUCUGUAUUUGCUGAUCAUGAAAGAUGAAUCCCUCUACCACAAACUGGAAGAUGAAAUCCUGAAGUUACAUCAGCUUGUGGACACAGUGGAACUCAAAGUGACUGAAGAAACCCAACCACCCAACAAGCAGGUCAAACCUUUAUUCAGACAUUUUCGUCGCAUUGAUUCAUGUCUUCAAACUCGGGUUGCUUUCCGUGGAUCUGAUGAAAUCUUCUGCCGAGUUUAUAUGCCAGACCACUCCUAUGUCACCAUCCGCAGCCGCCUCUCAGCCUCUGUGAAGGACAUCCUCAUGUCAGUGACCGAGAAACUUCAAUAUUCUGAUGAACAGCCUACACGGGAGGAAGCUCUCAUUCUGGUGGCUGUUGCAUCAUCAGGAGAGAAAUCUGUGCUACAGCCUAAUGAAGAGUGUGUUUUCACUACCUUGGGAAUAAACAGCCAUCUUUUUGCCUGUACUAAGGAUACUUUUCCAUCCCUGGUCCCUCUCCCAGAGGAAAUCCAAGUAUCACCAGGUGACACAGAGAUCCACCGAAUGGAAGCUGAGGAUGUAGCAAAUCACCUGACAGCCUUCCACUGGGAACUGUUCUGGUGUGUCCAUGAGCUAGAAUUUGUGGAUUAUGUGUUCCAUGGUGAACGUGGCCGCCGGGAGACUGCCAAUCUGGAAUUACUGCUACAACGCUGCAGUGAAGUUCAGCACUGGGUGGCCACUGAAGUAUUACUUUGUGAAUCUCUAGGAAAGCGGGCUCACUUGCUGAAGAAAUUCAUCAAGAUUGCUGCUGUAUGUAAACAGCAUCAGGACAUGCUAACAUUCUAUGCUGUGGUUAUAGGAUUGAACAAUGCACCUGUCAGUCGUUUACGCCUCACCUGGGAGAAGCUUCCAGGCAAAUUUAAAAACUUGUUUCGUAAAUUUGAAAACCUCACGGAUCCCUGUAGGAAUCAUAAAAGCUACAGAGAAGUUCUGUCUAGGAUGAAACCACCCAUUAUCCCCUUUGUGCCCCUCAUCCUAAAAGACUUGACAUUUUUGCAUGAAGCUAGCAAAACCUUAGUGGAUGGAUUAAUCAAUGUAGAGAAGCUGCAUUCAGUUGCAGAAAAAGUACGCAUGAUCAGGAAAUGUCGAAGUCGACCUCUCUGUUUGGAGAUGGAGUCAUCUCCUCAGCAGCUACAGACAAAGGCUUAUGUCCGUCAAUUCCAGGUUAUUGACAAUCAGAAUUUGCUCUUUGAACUCUCUCACAAGCUGGAGUCAAACAGCCAGUGAAAUCCCUGUCAAUAUGCAGGCAUUGUUUAAAAAGAAUGUUUACUCUGUAUGAUACUUGAGCACUUUUUGGAUGUACAGGGGACCCACCUAGGCUUUGCCUUAGUUGUAGAGGCAAGUAUGGAGUCAUGGGAUGGCAAGGAUGAAGAGUCUUUGUCAUGGCUGGCCCAAGCACGUUGGUGGAAAAUUUAAUGGCACCUUGUAAUCUUACCGAUUAGAGUGAGACACAAUCUGCUCGGGAGCUCUCCUGCUAGAUUCAUCCAUCCAUUUUGAUGUUAGAGCUGAAAAACCCAAAUAGCACCUUUUUAGUUACUUCACAAUAUAGUGGAGCAAUUUAAUUGUGUCUUAACUCUUAAUCAAGCCUCAUGUCAGUUAAUAAUAAUUCAUAGGCAGGAUUUUUUUUCCAAAAAAAUUCAAUCCAUUGGUCAAUCUAUCAGGGUUUGGUUUUUUUUGCUCUGCUGCUUUUAUUGUCAGUCAAAAUACUGUAUUAACAACUGAGGUGGUCAUCUUAUACUGCCUCAUGGGGAAGCUUCAUAUGGUCUCCCUUAAUUCUUAAGACAGACAAUAAAAUGUCCAGAAGCGAUGGAACACCUUUGUGGAGAUCACAUUCAAUUGGAUUUCUUGACUGAAGUUUGCACUGGAGAUUGGAACCCUAUUCAUCAAGUUUAUGUCUCCAUCACGAGUAAAUGUGACAAAUCCUUGAAAAUUACAACUAUUUGAAUCAGAUUAAUAAGCUUCCAAUCUCAAUAAUUGGUAAAAGAGCAGUUGCCAGAGGCAGCAUGUGCAUAAAUAUCAAAAGGCAUUUAUUUUUUAUAGCUAAUAUCUUAUUAAAAUAUUUCUAUAGUGUUAAUGUACAUUUAUAUUUCCUUCUGAAAAAAGCCUGCUGUGGAAGCAUUUUAAGAUUACCAGGAGAUUCUCAGUCCUCCAGGGUUGAUUUCCCCCGACUGUUAAUCAUAACCAUGCAUUUCAAAAUCUAAUUUUAAUUGAGGUGAGAAAAUCUUGUUAAUAUCCAGCUACAAUAGAUAUACUGUAUUUCUAUUCUCUGGGAUUUAAAAUAAUGAAAAAUUUAAAAUUUAAAAUGCAUACAAAAAUACCUGCUGUACUUCAUUAAUAGAGUAUGUUUACUCAACAGAUUUUAAUUAACCUGAACCAUUCCCAUUCUGCUGAGAAUCACUGUUUUAUAGUCCUAGGCUGCAUCAACAGAGGGGAUAGUAUCAAGAUCACGUGAAGUGCUAGUACUUCUUUAUACUGCUUUGGUAAG